AUGGUGAGGUGGAAGGAGUGGGCGGAAGGCCUACACCGGCUGACCAAGGCCACGAUAAUUCCUUCCCCGAAGCCAAGCAGCCCCCCAGCCCCGUGCAGCCCCAGCCUGCCUCCCGCCACCCAGCUGCCCGCCAUGCCCUCCAGCGGCCCCGGGGACACCAGCAGCUCCGCUCCGGAGCGGGACGAGGACCGUAAGGAGGGAGACGAGCAGGAGGAGGCCCGUGGCAAGGACGAGCGGCAGGAGCCCAGCACAACCACGCGGAAAGUGGGGCGGCCGGGACGAAAACGCAAGCAUCCCCCGGUGGAGAACAGCGAGGGGCCCAAGGACCCCGCAGUGGCCUCCAAGUCCCCAUCCAUGGCCCAGGACUCCGGCCCCCCAGAACUGGUGCCCAACGGGGACCUGGAGAAGCAGCGGAGUGAACCCCAGCCGGAGGAGGGGAGCCCCGCCGCAGGGCAGAAGGGUGGAGGCCCCGCCGAGGGAGAGGGGGCCGCCGACACCCCACCCGAAGCUUCCAGGGCGGUGGAGAACGGCUGCUGCACCCCCAAGGAUGGCCGAGGGGGCCCCAACGAAGAGGGCAAAGAACAGAAGGAGACCAACAUCGAGCCCAUGAAAAUGGAGGGCUCCCGGGGCCGGCUGCGGGGCGGCCUGGGCUGGGAGUCCAGCCUUCGCCAGCGGCCCAUGCCGAGGCUCACCUUCCAGGCGGGGGAUCCCUACUACAUCAGCAAGCGCAAGCGGGACGAGUGGCUGGCACGCUGGAAACGGGAGGCUGAGAAGAAGGCCAAGGUCAUUGCAGUAAUGAACGCGGUGGAGGAGAGCCAGGGCUCUGGCGAGACUCAGAAGGUGGAAGAAGCCAGCCCGCCUGCCAUGCAGCAACCCACAGACCCGGCCUCCCCCACCGUGGCCACCACGCCCGAACCUGUGGCUGCCGAUGCUGGGGACAAGAACGCCACCAAAGCCACCGACGAUGAGCCCGAAUACGAGGACGGCCGGGGCUUUGGCAUUGGGGAGCUGGUGUGGGGGAAACUACGGGGCUUUUCCUGGUGGCCGGGUCGCAUCGUGUCCUGGUGGAUGACCGGACGGAGCCGAGCCGCUGAAGGCACACGCUGGGUCAUGUGGUUCGGAGACGGCAAGUUCUCAGUGGUGUGCGUGGAGAAGCUGAUGCCGCUGAGCUCCUUCUGCAGCGCCUUCCACCAGGCCACCUAUAACAAGCAGCCCAUGUACCGCAAAGCCAUCUACGAGGUCCUGCAGGUGGCCAGCAGCCGUGCGGGCAAGCUGUUCCCCACCUGUCAUGACAACGACGAGAGUGACACAGGCAAGGCUGUGGAAGCACAGAACAAGCAGAUGAUCGAGUGGGCCCUGGGGGGCUUCCAGCCCUCUGGCCCCAAAGGCCUGGAGCCCCCAGAAGAGGAGAAGAAUCCAUAUAAAGAAGUCUACACAGACAUGUGGGGUGAGCCUGAGGCGGCUGCCUAUGCACCACCCCCGCCAGCCAAAAAGCCAAGAAAGAGCACCACAGAGAAGCCUAAGGUCAAGGAGAUCAUCGACGAGCGCACCAGAGAGCGACUGGUGUACGAAGUGCGGCAGAAGUGCCGGAAUAUCGAGGACAUUUGCAUCUCCUGCGGGAGCCUCAAUGUCACCCUGGAACACCCUCUGUUCAUCGGAGGAAUGUGCCAGAACUGCAAGAACUGCUUCCUGGAGUGUGCGUACCAGUAUGAUGACGACGGCUACCAGUCCUACUGCACCAUCUGCUGCGGGGGUCGCGAGGUGCUCAUGUGUGGGAACAACAACUGCUGCAGGUGCUUUUGCGUGGAAUGUGUGGAUCUUCUGGUGGGGCCGGGCGCGGCGCAGGCGGCCAUCAAGGAAGACCCCUGGAACUGUUACAUGUGUGGGCACAAGGGCACCUACGGGCUGCUGCGGCGACGGGACGACUGGCCCUCCCGGCUCCAGAUGUUCUUCGCUAACAAUCACGAUCAGGAAUUUGACCCACCGAAGGUUUACCCACCGGUGCCUGCCGAGAAGAGGAAGCCCAUCCGGGUGCUCUCUCUCUUUGACGGAAUUGCCACGGGGCUCCUGGUGCUGAAGGACCUGGGCAUUCAGGUGGACCGCUACAUUGCAUCGGAGGUGUGCGAGGACUCUAUCACCGUGGGCAUGGUGCGCCACCAGGGGAAGAUCAUGUACGUCGGGGACGUCCGCAGCGUCACGCAGAAGCAUAUCCAGGAGUGGGGCCCGUUCGACCUGGUGAUCGGGGGCAGUCCCUGCAACGACCUGUCCAUCGUCAACCCCGCCCGCAAGGGGCUCUAUGAGGGCACGGGCCGGCUCUUCUUUGAGUUCUACCGCCUCCUGCACGAUGCGCGGCCCAAGGACGGAGACGAUCGCCCCUUCUUCUGGCUCUUCGAGAACGUGGUAGCCAUGGGCGUCAGUGACAAGAGGGACAUCUCGAGGUUUCUUGAGUCCAACCCCGUGAUGAUCGAUGCCAAAGAGGUGUCAGCAGCACACAGGGCCCGCUACUUCUGGGGGAACCUUCCCGGCAUGAACAGACCCUUGGCGUCCACUGUGAAUGACAAGCUGGAGCUGCAGGAGUGUUUGGAGCAUGGCCGCAUCGCCAAGUUCAGUAAAGUGAGGACCAUUACUACGAGGUCAAACUCCAUAAAGCAGGGCAAAGACCAGCAUUUCCCCGUCUUCAUGAACGAGAAGGAGGACAUCCUAUGGUGCACUGAGAUGGAAAGGGUGUUCGGCUUCCCGGUCCACUAUACCGACGUGUCCAACAUGAGCCGCCUGGCCAGGCAGAGACUGCUGGGCCGGUCCUGGAGCGUGCCGGUCAUCCGCCACCUCUUCGCUCCACUGAAGGAAUAUUUCGCCUGUGUGUAAGGGACACGUGGGGGCCAACUGA